AUGCCUAGUGGUUACUUGUUUUGUGAUGCAUGUGGAUCUUAUGAUCAUGACUCUUAUAAUUGCCCUCAUGCUUCUCCGGAAUGUGGUGAUGAUUUCGAUAAUAGUGAGAGUGAGCAUGUGAAUUAUGUGUCAAAUAAUAAUGUGCAAAGGACCAAUUUGGAGCAAAUAAUUGAAAAUCUAACCAAGUUGUUGAACACAUAUAUGGCCGUUAGUGACAAGAAGUUCAAUGAAAUGUUGACCCACAACAAAAUGCUCGAAAACCAAAUUUCUCAACUUGCUAGUGCUUUGAAAGACCAAGAAAGCCCUUCUUCUUUACCUUCUCAAGGCCUAGAUCCCAAGAAACCCGUGAAUGCUAUUGUUACAAGGAGUGGUAAGGUUCUUGAGGAGAGAUUGCCUAGGAGGAGUGAUAACAAGGAGGUCCCCAAGGAAGCUUUGGUUGUGAAUGAGGGAAGUAGAGCAUCUUUAGAUGAGGUUGUGGUUGAGACACCAAGAAUGGUGAGUGUAGAGAAAGAGAUUGUGAAACCCAAGCUCCCUUAUCCCAAAAAAUUCAUGAGACACAAAUUGGAUGAGCAAUUUGGGAGAUUUAUUGAUAUGCUCAAACAACUUCACCUUUCUCUACCUUUCACCGAUGUGGUCAACCAAAUGCCUAAUUAUGCCAAAUUCCUCAAAGACAUUUUGAGCGGAAAGAGGACUUGCGUUGUUGUGGAGACAAUCAAUUUGACUGAAAAUUGUAGUGCGAUCUUCAUGAACAAAAUGCCACCUAAGUUGAAAGACCCCGGAAACUUAUCCAUCCCUUGUGCUAUUAAAAAAAAUGCAAUUUGA